AUCCCGGGAUCCGGGCGAAGUGUGCCACGAUGGUGAAGUACGCGCAGGAGUCGGAGAAUGCCACCAAGGCCGUGAAGGCCAGAGGCAGCGACCUGCGGGUUCACUUCAAAAACACAAGAGAAUCCGCCAUGGCGCUCAGGAAGAUGGAGCUGAACAAGGCCAAGAGGUAUUUGGAGGACGUGCUUGCGCACAAGCGUGUCAUCCCCUUCCACCGCUUCUGCGGAGGCGUUGGCCGCACAGCUCAGGCCAAGAACGAGGGCUCCACAACCGGGCAGGGCCGCUGGCCUAAGAAGAGCGCAGAGUUCCUGCUGGGCCUCCUGAAGAACGCAGAGAGCAAUGCAGAGGUUAAGGGUCUGGACACAGACAACCUCUUCAUCUCGCACAUCCAGGUCAACCAGGCUCAGAAGCAGCGCAGGCGCACAUACAGGGCGCACGGUCGCAUCAACCCCUUCAUGUCAUCUCCAUGCCACAUCGAGUUGAUACUGACGGAGAAGGAUGCCGCUGUUGCUGCUGCGGAUGAUGGCAAGGAGAGGAAACUGUCAAAGCGUGAGGCUGCAAAGAAGCUGCGCAGCGGAACCAAGUCAGCAGCCAUAGCUUAGGCUUUGUCAUCUUGAUGGAGUCUUACCUUUCUGUCUUUUUGUCUUUGCAAAUACCUGAAUAGUCCCAAUAAUGGUGCAGAUGUGUGGGCCUGUACAACAGGAUUAACACAGGGUGUAAUGGCUCUUGAUAUC